GCAACAGUAAAGCUUAUUCUAUAUUGAUGCCAGACAAUUAGCCAACUAAAAUCUCUGGGAAAAUAAGUCUGCCUGAUUCAUUUAUAAAUCACCAGCACACACAUAGAUAUAUCUACAUAGGUGUUAUAAUGUAUGCCUUUAUCCAAAUACUUUGGUGCAGCCUACGCAAUAUUAAUUCCUUUUAUAAAGCAAAAUACAUGUGGAAAAUAUUUCCAUAUAGGAAGACGUGAUAUCCUAGUAAUUAUUACAUUUUUUUAAAAGAAUAUUUGUAAUUAUUACAAAUAAUCGUAGUACUAACGUGAGAUCACUUGGUGAAAAAAAAUCAAAAUAUUUGCGUUUUCUGCUUCUUCAUUUGAAUAAUAGACAAAUCCCAAUAUUAAAAUACAAGGAGAGAAUAUGGAAGGUGCAGCACGUCAUGCUCAAAGAUUAGCUGGAAAUUUUCUUGAAGAUAUGGAAGCAAUACAAAAAGCUUCUCGUGAAAGAGAUAGACGGGCGAUGAGUCAUUUCGAAACUAAUUCUGUGAGUUCAAAUAACAUUUAUCCACCGCCGAUGGAUUGGGUACCAAGACGUCGAAGUUUAAGCGGAACACCAUUUAGAACUAGCUGUUAUCCAAUGAUUUAUUAUUCUUCAACACAACUUCCCAGAAGAAGAUCACUUUGUGUUCCACGGCGUCGUUAUUCACUUUCCACUCAGCGAAAUGCCUAUACUGAACCUAAUAAAGUCACUUUGGUUGGUAAAUCCAUGUCCAACUAUUCUCGUCCAUAUUCGUUAUAUAACAGCGCAGGCAGUAGUUUAUACCAAACUCCAGAAUCAAACGGUUAUUAUCGUCCUCAUUUGAGAUCAACGAUCUGGCGUGAUCAUGAAGUCAACAGGCCUAUGAACAACGAAAUUUUACCAACAUCAUACUUACAUGCUAGUUCACCGCCAAAACAACAUAUUUUAUCUCCGAAAGCUAAAGUCUAUCUGAAGUAUCGAUCCCUUCAAAAUUUAAGUAAUCUAUACGAUGGUGAAGAUGCUGAAAACGGUAUGCCACGUGUAAUCCAUACGUCAUAUAGCCGUAAUUUUCCACUGCAUACUAGUCGUUUGGGUUCAGUGCCACCGUCAGCAGUUGGAACAUAUCGUUCAACAAUAACUAGUACAGAUUAUGGAUUGCCACCUGUUGUACAUCGAAAUUACAGAACGAAUCGGUAUAUUUAUGAAACACCAUAUUAUACAACAACAUAUAGUAAUGUUGAACCUAUAAGAACUACUUAUACAAGUAUUGGACCUAGACGAUAUACAUAUUAUUAUCCAUCAGUUGUUACUACAAGACCAUUGUCGAGUUCAGGUUCGUAUAGUAACUUGUCUAGUGAUAUGCAAGCUGAGCGUAGACGAAUUGAACGUCGUAUGGACGAUUUACUGGAAUACAAAUUGCCCUCACCUGAAUACUACAGGGAAAUGAGGGGAUCCCUACGUGCAUUGAAUGACAAACUAGAUGUUCAUCGGAAAAUGCUUGAUCGUUACUCCGGAAUUGAUAUGAACGCUACAACUGCAUCAGUACAAGACCGAAUUGAAUCAAAAUAUCAACAACUUGCAAGCAGAUUAACAACAACAAAAAAAAGCAGUGUACUAACACGCUUCUCUUCAAUAGAAUGGGCCGUCGAACCACGUGAGUUUUGCAUAUGACUAGCUGAAAAUUUGAAAAGAACCGCUGCUAAUUUUGAUUCAUGAAAAAAAGGAUGAGCAUGAUGUUACUGCUUAAAAUGUUUAUUUUUCAACGAAGUAUGCUUUGAAAGAUAUUUAUGUCACAUCUUUACUGCAAAAUAAAGUGUAUAUGAAUUCACAUAGUUUCUCUUAUGAACAUAAUGCACAAAUUUUAGUUGAAUACAAAUUCUAUGAAAAAAGAAAUACAGAAGAAAAAAAUCCUUCACUGUUUUGCUUAUUUAAUUGAUUGUCUUUAUUUCAUUGGUAGCAUUGAAAGUUUUCCAAUAAAUUUAUUACUUUAGUUCUAUGUUGACUGUGAUUUGUUCAUUAAAUUUAGUUUAUAUUUUUGCAUACUAUCUAUUAAAUUUGAAUCAUACUGGGUUUUGUUUUUCUACCUGUAUCUAUGUAAAGCCUAGUGGCUACCUAAACUAAAGAAAGUAUAAUAGAGAAUUUAAACUUACAACUUAAUGGCUUGAAUUCAUUUACUUUAGUUAUUAAAUUACCUUUUCUAGAGUAUGAUUGAUAAUUAUCGGCUUCAACGCAUAUAUUUCUACAUCAGUGAUUUUACAUAUGAGUAGUAUACUUAAUAAUAACAAUUAUAUUAGGUAUAAACUAUAAGAAUGCCACUUGAAGAUGAUAUUUAUCCCUAAUUAAAAACGAACUAAAAACAAUAAGAAGCUGUCUAAUGGUAUUUUUUUUACCGCUAUUACUAUAAAUAGGAGAGAUACUCUCAGUUAUUACAAUGGAUUGUAUUUUUACUAAGUUAUUAAUAAAUAAAUUUAUUCAACGUAGCCAAGUAAUGCCAUUUUGUUCCUCAUCUCCUUUAACCAAUGAAAAUUCAUAAAAUAAAGCAUUAAAAUAAUUUAAUAAUAACUUAUUGAUUCUUGUUUGUUCUUUUUAUCACAUUUGUUUUUUCUCCUUUUUUUCAAUUUCUCCUGCAUGAUAUUGACAAUUAUACCGUUUGUUUCCAUAAACUAUAUAUGCUUACACAUGUAUAUAUAUAUUUAACCUUACGUUGAAUUACGUAACUGUCUUUAUAAUAUUAAUAUAACUAAUUGUACCUUCCUCUAUCAUUGCUGUGAAAUUAUAUAUCACCGCAAAAUUUAUCGAAUAAUCGCUGACCUGUGCACUGUUAUUGGCUCUGAUACCAUUUAAAUUACUAUGUAACAACUGUUCGCAAUGCAUGUAAUAUAUAUAUGACUUCCUUGAUGAUAAUUUUGGUCAUAUAAAUCAAUAAACAAAUGGAGUAUUUGUUCCAUACUAGAAUGCCAGAAUUAAAUGGAUAUAGAUCACAUGGACCAAGUCUGAGUACAUCAGAGCUUGAGACAAAUCUUUAUUAUACAAGUCCAAAGACAACGAUGGUAUAUUCGGAAAGAUAAUAAUAAUAAUAAUAAUAAUAAUUUGUGAUUAAUAUUAGUUAGAGAGGGAAUAGGUAGUUUACUACUAAAGCUAAUAAGAUACAGCUAUGAUAUCUAGUUAACCUAAAUAACCUACUGGAAGAAAAUCAUUGUUCUUAUAGACAAAAUAUAAUUUAAAAGCUGAUACCUGUUAAAUAAUUAGUAAUAGUACGAUAUAUUUUGUAACCAUGAUAUCAAAACUUUACUAUUGUGUUGAUUGUUUUAAUAAAACGCUAUUGAAAAUGUAUAACAAUUCGAUUGAAUAGAUUUGAUGAAAAACUCAUUUGUUUUAUUUAUUUAAUUUUCAUAAUUAUAAGUUAAAAUUGGAUUCAUGUAAUCAAACAAUCGUAAAUACAUUGAAACAUUGAUAUUUAUGCAUGAAACAUGUAUGUAUUUUGCAUGGGUACGAUUUACUUUAACUCACAGUACUAUUCAAUCUUGUUUAGUCUUACAUAUGAACUGUUAGUUUUCAUGAUAUAUAUAUAUAUAUAUAUAUAUAUAUAUAUAUAUAUAUUGUAUUGAAUAGACAACUAUUGCUAUUUGAUGCAUGAAUGUAUAUUAUAAAUGUGCCUAUGUUUUGGAAAAAGUGUAACCAUUCAAAUAAUUUAACUGAUAUUAUAGAAAUUAUUAUAAAUUUCUUGGAAUGUUACUUAUUUCAUUAAAUAAACUACAUAUAACAUAUACUCAUAUACAGAUGUGUAGUUUAAAAGGAAAGUUUUACGGAUAUUACUUGCCAUCUCAUCAUAAUUGUUUAAAAGUAACAGUUAUGAAAAUGUUUUUACUUAGAAGUAAUUUAUUCAGUUCAUAAUAUAUAUAUUCAGUAAUAUAAAGGAAUGUACAUUAUAAUAGUUUAUACAAUAAGCCAUAUACAUAAAUCAUAUGCAAACUGUUACUUGACGUGAUUUAUAGUUACAUAAAAUACAAUCAAGAUAAGUAGUUAACAAGUAAUCUAUUAGGAAAAAAUGAAGUUCUACAAAAACUUAUGAUAAGUGAUAAGCAUAAUUAUUGGGUGACUGAAAUCACUAAACUUGUUAAUAAUAACUUUUUAAAUGUAAGACGAAAUUAUUGAUUUUCUUGUGUAAAAUUUAAUAAUUCUGAAGCGAAUGUAUUCAGCUACAAUUGCAUUCACUAAAAUGCAUAUUUACAAAAGCGACAUCAGAACUAGAAUAUUAGUGAAUAUUGCUAAUAUUUACUAUGAGCUAAUAACAAUUUUAAACUUAUCCCUAGAUAUGAAAUAUAAGUAUGCAUGUAAGUAAAAUAUUUGUUAUAUCCAAAGUCUCCUAUAAUAUGUUUGUAUUUUAUUUAUAGGGCUAUGGGAAGGGAUUAGUGUAU